AUCGUCUAGAAGUCCAGUCGUGUUACGUCGCGGUGGAGAGUCGCAGCAACUGUGCUGGAUUGCCCCCUACCAUAGAAGUUUUCGCUGCAGUUUCGAAAGAGAAAGUGAUUUGACGAACGUAACGCGGCCGUUUUCCAGUGACUUAGUGGGUUGUUGUUGUUGUUGUGCCGUGAGUAGCAGCGUGUUCGAUCAUUAAAGGGAAAAAGGUUAAACAACAAAGUCAAAAUGAAGUCCCUGUUCGUUGUUGUUCUGGUUGUGAGCUGUUUAUACCUCUAUGCCGACGCUACGGAAGUGAAUGCUUGCCCUUCUACCAAAAGUUUAAUUCCCGUCACGGAGAAUACGAUUGACAUCAGCAAUUGCGCCAAGGGACCAUGCAAACUGAAGCGGAAAACCAAGGUUUCCAUCAAUCAGAAAUUUACACCAACCGAGGACAUCAAAUCGCUGACUACGACGGUGUACGCCCAGGUUCUGUCCCUGCCGUUGCCGUUUGUAGGUGUCGAUGGAACCAGUGGAUGCGACUACAUCUUUGCCGAGGACGGUGAAACUAAACUCGGUUGUCCUCUGAAGGCUGGAGUGCCUGUGGUGUACCGACGAGAGUUCCCCGUACUCGAAAUUUAUCCCAAGAUGAGCCUAACCGUGCACUGGGAACUGCAAGGCCGGGGUUCCAAAUCGAUCACCUGUUUCGAGGUACCAGCCAAAAUAGUUUAGGACGAACUUGGAACGGAGACAACGGAAUAGCUACGAAGCUUGUGUGCAGCAAAAAUUUUACUUUUAGGCUUAAGGGUAAUGAUGAUCAGUAUCAGGGACGGGGGGACGGAAUUAAACAAAAAAAAAAACAAAAGUUUAGCUAUAAACUGAACAAUCCGAUAAUCUACCUGUACAACUGCAACAUGAACUGUUUGAAUUAAAACACAAUUUGUUGUUAA